CCUGUUGGCACUUCUCCCGAUGUUUGGGCGCGGUACUGCGGAAGAACUUCACCCUGAAGUCCAGACAAUGGGCGUCAGCGAUGUUAGAGCUAUUGCUCCCUGUGGCGUUGAUGUUUCUGUUGAUCUGGAUCCGCAGUGAAGUGCAGAAGGAAGAUGUCCCAGCACACGAUUAUGUGGACGAUCCGGCCAACAAUCCCACGUGGUUCUCCGCGGAGCCUCUGGAUGUGUCCAGCAUCCCAGGCCUUCCCCCCGCAGUAAAGAAGCAGCUGGAGCAGCUCUGCAAGUCGAAGGAUAGCGCUUUGUGCCCCGAGAUUUUCGCCAGCUCGUGGGGACUUCGCAAGGAACACUACACAGGUUCCGCGCUGGAUGGGCUGCUGCCGCUGCACAUGGCACAGAGAAAUCUGCGGCUGGGCAUCGUGGGCACAGCAGGGAAAGGUUUGGACGAUUUCAUCUCCUCCCUGCCGGGCUACUCCAAGUUGACACGUUACUUCUCCUCAGAGGAAUCCUACGAUGACUAUUUGGCAGAUCACGACUAUGGCUUCAGCACACAGAACCCUGCGUUGUUUGGUGCCAUCGUUGUACAGUCAGCUGCCACCUGUCCGAGUGGUGGGACCUGCAGUGGUGACUGGGACAUCGUGAUCCAUCUCAACACCACGGGGCCCAGCACUUCCACGGCUGAUAUCAAAGGAGCCACGGACAUCAACACCAAGCUGACUCCUGAAGUGAGCACCCUCAACAAAGGUUUGAAGAUGUCGACCAGCAGGAUCUAUUGGUCGGGUGGCAUGUCUCGUAGCCUGGGUCUGGCUCUGCCCACAGGUGGAUUGGUGGAUCUCCAGAGUCUGGUCUACGCCUGGAUCUUCAACAGCACCGGUGCCUAUCAGCUGCCGUCGCCUUCGGAGCUGCCGAGCUGCGACUGCAUCGACCCCCAGGGUCAGGCCACAGAGGACUUCUCCCAGUGCAACAGCUCGUCGCUGUUCACCACGGCGCUCCGUGCCCUGACGCCCCACUGGUCCACCACGGUGCUGGGCAGCUCCGCGGGAUGCUUGGGACGGCUCAGUGGCAUUUUACCCGUCAGCGUGAGGGAGAUCCCCUUCCCAACUCCUGCCUACACGGACGACCCCUUCGCCAGCUUCGUGGAGAGCGUCUUCGGUCUCUUCUUCGUCUUGGUUUUCAUCUGGCCUUUAACGCGGAUCAUGAAGAGCUUAGUGGAGGAUAAGGAGGCGCGCAUCAACGAGGUCAUGAAGAUGAUGGGGAUGCCAGCGGAAGCCAUCCUACUGGGUUGGUACCUGACCUACGGCCUGCUCUGGAUCAUCCCCGCAGCUCUGAUGACAGUGGUCUGCUGGGAUUCCGUCUUCCAGCACAGCAACAAGCUGCUGGUCUUCAUCUUCUUCUGGCUCUUCGGAGUUUGCGUGGUGACCUUGUGUUCCUUCAUCGCUGUCUUCUUCUCGAAAGCCAAGACGGCCAGUGUGGUGGGAGCGCUACUUUUCUUUCUUCUCUACUUCCCCUUCCUGUUCGUGUCGGACAGCGGCGCCUCCGCGAGCACCAAAGCCUUGUCGUCGCUGUCGCCGCCUGUGGCCUUGUCCAUAGGUGCUGGGCUCAUUGCGCAAUUUGAAAGUGCGGGUGUAGGAGUCAGAUGGUCCAACAUCAACGAGUCCAUCGACAAUUCGUCCAUGGGACAAGUGUUGCUCAUGCUGCUGCUGGAUACUGUGAUCUUUGCUCUCCUGGCUUGGUACUUGGACAAGGUGUUGGUGGUCGGCUUUGGAACCCGCCAGCCGUGGUACUUCCCGUGCUCCAAGCACUACUGGAACCCAAACCACAGCAGCAUGUCCCAGGAUGAUUUGCAUGUCCUCGAGGACACUUUCGACGAUCAGCAGCCCGGAAACCCCAGGUACGAGGCGGUGCCCGAGUCCAUGGCUUCCACGCGCAGCGUCCUGGUGCGGGAGCUCUGCAAGGAUUUCAACACGGCGGAUGGCAAGAUCUUGAAAGCAGUACAAGAGGUCACGCUGAAUCUCUACAGCGGUCAGAUCUUCUGCCUUUUGGGCCACAACGGAGCAGGCAAGACGACCACCAUCAACAUGCUCAGCGGCAUGCUGCCAGUUUCUUCAGGUGAUGCCAUUGUGUAUGGCAAGUCCAUCCGCAGGGACAUGCAGCAGAUCCGGACGCUGAGCGUUGGGAGAGUUUCACUGACCCAUACACAAUGGAACAAACAUGAGUGCAACUGAUCA